AUGACGAAGAAUCACGCGCGCAUAGCAACAGCGCACGAGCCCGGCCAGCCUCUCUCGCUGCUGCUCAAGCAGUCGACGCUCAUCACUGACCUCGCCCUCUACGAUGUCGUCAAUGCUCCCGGUGUCGCUGCCGACAUUUCGCACAUCAACACGCCUUCCGUUGUCAACGGCUACCUUCCCGCCGAUGGCGGCCUCGAGAAGGCGCUCAAGGGCUCCGACAUCAUCGUCAUCCCCGCUGGUGUCCCCCGCAAGCCCGGCAUGACCCGUGACGAUCUCUUCAACAUCAACGCCUCGAUCGUGCGAGACAUUGCCGUCGGCAUUGCCGCGCACGCGCCCAAGGCCUUCGUCCUCGUCAUCUCCAACCCCGUCAACUCGACGGUGCCCAUCGUCGCCGAGGUGCUCAAGAAGAAGGGCGUCUUUGACCCCAAGCGUCUCUUUGGCGUCACGACCCUCGACGUCGUUCGUGCCUCGACGUUCGUCUCCGAGGCUGCCGGCAAGCCCACCGAGUCGCUCCAGUACCGCAUCCCCGUCGUCGGCGGCCACUCUGGCGCGACGAUUGUGCCCAUCCUGAGCCAGACGCAGCCCAAGUCUGAGUUCGACCAGGCCACCCAGGACAAGCUCGUCAACCGGAUCCAGUUCGGUGGUGACGAGGUCGUCAAGGCAAAGGACGGUGCCGGCUCGGCCACGCUCUCGAUGGCCUUUGCCGGCGCCCGCUUCGCCUCGGCCGUCCUCGAGGCUGCUGCCGGCAAGACGACGUCCUCGUCGGCUCCCGAGUACACCUACGUCCACCUCUCGGCCGAGGCCGGCGGAAAGGACGUGGCCAGCAAGCUGCCCGGCCAGGUCGACUACUUCUCUGUCCCCGUCAUCCUCGGAAAGGACGGCGUCGAGAAGAUUCUGCCCCUCGGCAACCUCAGCAAGUACGAGGAGGGCCUCCUCGAGACGGCCGUCAAGGACCUCAACGGAAACAUCUCCAAGGGUGUCUCCUUUGUCGAGUCGUCGAAGCUGUAGAUUUCUCUAAAAAGCUCGGGCUCCUCAUCGUUCAACUCAAACGGGAAUGUGUUGUGUUUGAAUGUCAAUCAACAAAGAUUAAAGAAGAUUGAUAGAUACACCUUGCCUCAUGGAUUGACCCAGCGGACAAUGACGGAGCUGACAAAGGUCUCGAAGAAGUCUCUGCUGCUUCCAUACGUCCACUCGACGUCGAGGUGGUGCUCUCCCUCUGCCGAGGCCUGGCGAAAG